UCAAAGAAGCAUUGAAACAGAAAACACGUACCAUGUUCAAGAUUACCUUUUUGAUAGGAUUAUUCAUAAUAGUAUCAUCUGCACCAUCUGAAGAAUGGUGGCGGGACACUUUCAUUUACCAAGUCUACCCUCGAAGCUUCAAGGACAGUAAUGGCGAUGGGAUUGGCGAUAUCAACGGUAUAACGAGUAAAUUAGAGCACUUGGCUGACUUGAAUGUGAGUGCCUUUUGGAUAUCCCCAUUUUUUAAGAGCCCGAUGUCUGACUUCGGAUAUGAUAUUUCCAACUUUACGGAUAUCGAUCCAAUAUUCGGAACUCUCGACGACUUUUCAAAACUCAUCACCAAAGCAAAAUCGUUGAAUCUCAAAGUGAUCCUCGAUUUCGUCCCUAAUCACAGUUCUGAUCAGCAUCCCUGGUUCCAAAAAAGUAUUAAGAGAAUCGUUCCAUACGAUAACUACUACGUAUGGAGGAAUGCAACCUACGUCAAUAGCACCAGGCGUCCCCCGAAUAAUUGGUUAAGUGUCACAAGAGGUUCUGCUUGGACUUGGAAUGAGGUACGCCAACAAUAUUACCUCCACCAGUUCAGCUUCUUCCAACCAGAUCUCAAUUUCCGUAGUUCUGCAUUGAAUAAAGAAAUGAAGAAUGCUCUAUCGUUUUGGACUAAACGAGGAGUAGAUGGAUUUCGAAUCGACGCUAUAAUACACGCCUUCGAGGACGACAGAUUCCUGGACGAACCUGUCAAGCCCAAUACUGGACUCCCUGCUAACCACCCUGAUACCCUUGAUCACAUCUACACCAGAAAUCAGAACGAAACUUACCAGUUAUUGAGGAGUUGGCGGAAUCAUUUGGAUGCUAUGAAUGGAACCAAGAAGAUCAUACUCACAGAAUCAUAUACAACCUUGGACGAACUCAAUCACUCCAUGAGGUAUUAUGAGUAUGGAGCAGAUAUAGCUUUUAAUUUCAUGUUCGUAACUAGUUUCAACAAUUCCUCGGCUCCAACCGACUUUAAAAAAGGCAUUGAAAAAUGGCUGGCGCUCAUGCCCAAGGGAAAUUACAGUUCAAAUUGGGUAGUGGAUAAUCAUGAUAAUAAUCGAGUGAGUGCUCGAUUCGGAAAAAUAAGAGCCGAUCAAUUAACAAUGGUAGCAGCAGUUCUUCCAGGUGUCGGUGUGGUGUAUUACGGCGAUGAAAUUGGGAUGGAGGACACGUGGCUAUCGUAUAAUGAAACUGUUGACCCGAUUGGAUGCAACGCGGGACCGGAAAAUUAUCAUAUCACUUCAAGGGAUCCAGCAAGAACACCCUUCCAGUGGGAUAGCUCUACCAGUGCAGGAUUCUCCACCAAUAAAACAACAUGGUUGCGGGUUAAUUCAAAUUAUCACACACUUAAUUUAGCCGCCCAAAAAACUACUCCUUACUCUCAUUACUCUAUUUUUAAGAAGCUUGUAAAAUUGAAGAUGAUGCCCGUCAUCAAAAUGGGCACUGUGGAGAUAAUCUCCAUAAUAGAUAUGGUUUUUGUAAUCGUGAGACGUGUUCCUGGUACUCAUCCGAUUGUUCUUCUAAUUAAUUUUACGGAUCGAAAUGUCAGUUUCGAUGCUGCUAACCAUCUAAAUAUUCCAACUAAUAUGUCUGUUUAUGCGACGAGUUCUCAGAAUUCCUACACAGAUGGAAUGUCGAUCAAUACUUCGUCGCUAGUUCUGAUACCAGCUGUCUCUGUGAUUCUUAUGUAA